AUGCAAGCAAUGGGGUUAUCAGUAGCAGUUUCAGUUCCAUUUUACCAUUCCAGAUUAUGCAUGAAUGCCUCUCCUCAUCCACCCAUUCCCCUCAAUAUGAAUCAUGGCUUUUCCAAAUCACUUACAUUCAGGGACAGACUAACUCGUGGGAAGAGUAGCUAUGUCAUUCGUUCCCAAAAGAAUCGUGACGAUGAUGGUGAUGUCGAUGGAUUUUACAUGAGGAAAAGCGUUGAGCUCGCCAGAAAGGCUUUGGGGUGUACAAGCCCCAAUCCUUUAGUUGGAUGUGUUAUUGUCAAAGAUGGUCAAAUUGUUGGCCAAGGUUUUCAUCCUAAACCUGGUCAACCUCAUGCUGAGGUGUUUGCUCUCAGAGAUGCUGCUGAUUUGGCCGAGAAUGCAACGGCGUAUGUCACUUUAGAACCUUGUAAUCAUUUUGGGAGGACUCCGCCUUGCACUGAAGCUCUCAUUAAAGCUAGACUUAAAAAGGUUGUUGUUGGGAUGGUGGAUCCAAAUCCUAUCGUGGCUUCCAAAGGGUUAGAUAGAUUGAGAGGUGCUGGAAUUGAAGUUGUUGUUGGUGUUGAGGAAGAAUUGUGUAAGGGCCUCAAUGAGGGUUAUAUUCAUCACAUGCUGACCCAGAAGCCUCUGCUUACUUUGAGGUAUUCUCUUUCUGUCAACGGAAACUUGUUGGACUCACUUGGGAGUGGAGUAACUCACUCUGGUGGAUACUAUUCUAGGCUAUUACAAGAAUAUGAUGCAGUUAUAAUAUCCUCUUCUUUAUUCCGUGAAACUAUAUCGGUUGACUCCUUACCUUCAUCUCAAGAACCUGGAGCCAAUCAACCCAUUCGGUUUAUAAUGCAUAGAGAUUCUGGUUCUGGUUCUUCAAAUCAAAUUCCAUUUAUCAUCGAUAACGUUACUGAUAAAAUGAUAAUCUUUACGGAUUGUACAACAACACCUCCUGAGGAGGCUCAAAAAGGAAUUAAAACUGUAUCUGUGGAUCAAAUAAAUCUUGAUGUGAUCUUGGAUUAUUGUAAUCGUCAAGGAUUGUGUAGUGUUCUAUUAGAUAUGAGAGGGAAUUUCAGUGAAUAUCAAGAGCUUGUUAAGGAGGGUAUUAAGAAGAAGUAUAUCAAUAAAUUUGUGACAGAAAUUUUGCCACUUUGGAAUGGAUGUAAUCAGUAUGAUCCUUUGUUGCCAUUCAAGAACAUAGAUCAAGGAGUAAAAUUGGAAAAUUUACGCCCCUUGGCAUCGGCUCAAAGUGUUGUUAUUGAGGGAUAUUUGAAUUUUAAUUAA